UGAGCCGCGGGUCUGACGUGGCAGUCCAGCUCCGCGCGGCUCGGGCGCAGGGAGUGGAGACUCCAACAGGAAAGGCGCCGGCAAGCGGUCGCCGGCACGAGAAGCCGAGCUUCAGUGCUCUUUUCUAGAACUAGCUUGGGAAUGAUAUUUUCACAAUGAGCCGACAAGGUUAUGUGGCCACACCUCCUUACUCUCAGUCCCAGCCAGGAAUCGGCCUUUCUCCUCCUCCUCACGGACACUAUGGGGACCCUUCCCAUGCCACUUCUCUACCAGGUAUGAUGAAGCCACCAGGGCCUUUGGGGGCAGCUGCCCCUGGGGUGAUGCUACCUUCCCCACCGCCCGGACCACAGCAGUUUGGCCAGAAUGCACCUUAUGCCUCCAGUGUCCCAGGCCUGCCUCCCCAAAGAUUCACAGGCCCCGCACCUGUGCACAGUGUGGCCUCCGCAUGUGCCCCCUACCAACCCUCUGCACAGCCGUCCUACCCGAGUCCCGCGUCCACGUCAGCCGUCACCCAGCUGGGCGGCCAGCUUGGGGCCAUGCAGCUCAACAGCCACGGUAACAGCCUCGUUGUCAGCACUGCCUGCCUGGUGUGGGCUCCUGUGACGGAGGUGCUCUUCAUUUUAAGGCAGCGCCCACCCUGGCGUACCAUGGGGCACUGGCACACGAGUCAUUGGUAUUGUGUAUGGCGGGCCCCAAGGGCCCCCUUCACGUCUCUAGGUGAGGCACAGAGGCCCGGGCUGCGCUCAGCGGCGCUGUCUCCCGCAGGUCCCAGCGCGGGCCCUCCCGCGUUCCCAGGCCCUCCGCAGCCCGCGCCGCCCUCCAUUCUGCAGCCGGGGCCCCGGGUGCUGCCGCCACCGCCCGCUGCGCUGAACGGCCCUGGUGCGCCCCCGCCAGCCGCAGGCACAGCCUUCCCGCCGCAGGCUGCCGGCUAUGGCCCGCAGAUGGGCGCGCCCGCGUCCUACCCUGGAGGCUUCGCCCCUGGCCCUGCGCGCAUGGCUGGGCCGCAGCCCCCGAAGCAGCUGGACCCUGAUGCUGUCCCCAGCCCGAUCCAGGUGAUCGAGAGUGACAGAGCAGCCAGAGGGGGACAAGUGUAUACCACCAAUACCAGAGGCCAGGUCCCGCCCCUGGUCACCACCGACUGUGUGAUUCAAGACCAAGGCCAUGCCAGUCCCCGGUACAUCCGCUGCACCACCUACUGCUUCCCCAGCUCCUCGGACCUGGCCAAGCAGGCGCAGGUCCCGCUGGCUGCCGUCCUCCAGCCCUUCGCCACGCCCCCUGCUGACGAGACACCCCUGUACCUGGUGGACCAUGGAGAGAGCGGGCCGGUCAGGUGCAACAGGUGCAAGGCCUACAUGUGUCCGUUCAUGCAGUUCAUCGAGGGCGGCAGGAGGUACCAGUGUGGGUUCUGCAGCUGUGUGAAUGAAGUCCCACCAUUCUAUUUCCAACAUCUGGACCACCUUGGGAGAAGACUGGACCACUAUGAGAAGCCCGAGCUUUCGCUGGGGUCUUAUGAGUACGUGGCCACGUUGGAUUACUGCAGGAAGAACAAGCCUCCCAGCCCCCCGGCCUUUAUCUUCAUGAUCAACGUUUCAUACAGCAACAUCAAGAGUGGGCUGGUCCAGCUCAUCUGUGAGGAACUGAAGACGGUGCUGCAGCGGCUUCCAAGGGAAGAGCACGAAGAGUCGUCUGCAGUUCGCGUUGGGUUUAUCACCUACCACACAGUUCUUCACUUCUUUAACGUGAAGAGCAACUUGGCCCAGCCUCAGAUGAUGGUGGUGACCGACAUUGGAGAGGUCUUUGUUCCUCUGCUGGAUGGGUUCCUUGUCAACUAUCAAGAGUCCCAGUCGGUGAUUCACAACUUGCUGGACCAGAUUCCAGGGAUGUUCGCAGACUCCAAUGAGAACGAGGCCGUCUUCGCUCCUGUGGUCCAGGCGGGCAUGGAGGCUCUGAAGGCAGCAGAGUGUCCUGGCAAGCUGUUCAUCUUCCAUUCCUCCUUGCCAACUGCUGAGGCGCCGGGGAAGCUCAAAAACAGAGACGACAAGAGACUGCUCAACACCGACAAGGAGAAGAUUCUUUUCCAGCCCCAAACCAGUGUCUAUGAGUCUCUGGCCAAAGACUGUGUGGCCCAUGGCUGCUCUGUGACCCUCUUCCUCUUCCCCAGUCAGUAUGUGGAUGUGGCCUCCUUGGGCCUUGUUCCUCUGCUCACCGGGGGAACUCUUUACAAGUACAGCAAUUUCCAGAUGCACUUGGAUAGCCAGCAGUUCCUGAAUGACCUCAGAAGUGACGUGGAGAAGAAAAUAGGUUUUGAUGCCAUCAUGCGGGUGCGGACCAGCACAGGUUUCAGAGCCACAGACUUCUUUGGUGGGGUCUUCAUGAACAACACCACAGACGUGGAGAUGGCUGCCCUGGACUGUGACAAGGCUGUGACGGUGGAGUUCAAGCAUGACGACAGGCUCAGUGAGGACAGUGGCGCCCUGAUCCAGUGUGCUGUGCUUUACACCACCAUCGGGGGUCAGCGGAGACUUCGGAUUCACAACCUCGGCUUAAACUGCAGCUCCCAGCUAGCAGAUCUUUACAAGAGCUGUGAGACGGACGCCCUCAUCAACUUCUUUGCCAAGUCAGCUUUUAAAGCAGUUCUACACCAGCCUUUGAAAGUCAUCCGGGAAAUCCUAGUUAAUCAGACUGCACACAUGUUGGCGUGUUACCGCAAGAACUGCGCCAGCCCGUCUGCAGCGAGCCAGCUCAUUCUACCAGAUUCCAUGAAGAUCUUGCCAGUGUACAUGAACUCCCUGUUGAAAAGCUGUGUGCUGCUCAGCAGACCAGACACCCCGACGGAUGAGCGGGCAUUCCAGAGGCAGCUGGUCAUGACCAUGGGAGUGGCCGACUCCCAGCUCUUCUUCUACCCACAGUUCCUGCCAAUCCACACCUUGGAUGUCAAGAGUACAGCCUUACCUGCUGCUGUCCGCUGCUCCGAGUCCCGCCUCUCAGAAGGAGGGAUCUUCCUUCUGGCCAACGGUUUGAACAUGUUCUUGUGGUUGGGAGUGAGCAGCCCACCAGAGCUGAUCCAAGGGAUUUUUAAUGUGCCAUCUCUUGCACAUGUCAGUACAGAUAUGACUGUGCUGCCUGAGGUGGGAAGCCCACACUCUCAACAGCUCCGGAUGAUAAUGGGUGUUAUCCAGCAGAAGAGGCCGUAUGCCAUGAAGCUCACCAUAGUGAAGCAGCGGGAGCAGCCAGAGAUGGUUUUCCGACAGCUCCUGGUGGAGGACCGGGGGCUGCACGGAGGGUCCUCCUACGUGGAUUUCCUCUGCUGUGUUCACAAGGAGAUAUGCCAGCUGCUCAGCUAGCCAGCGCUGGGUGCUGCACUUCUGGGGAAGCGGUCCCUGGGCGCCCACUUUUCUAGAAAGCAGCAGGCUCACUCUGAGGCCCGCCACCCUGCAGGGACGCAAUGGGGGAUCUGAGAAGGUGCCCUCGUGUCAUGAAGGGAAGAGCCUAUUUCUGACUGCAGUUUUUAAUUUUUAAAACUGAUGGAGUUUGCAUUUGAUAAAGAGCAGAGUUUACAGAACAUAACAUUCUCAAUUUCCUUUGUGCUAGAUAUAUAACUUAUUUUUCAAACUGUAUAGAUUUGGGGUAAAAGAUUGUAUUGGUUCCUCUCCUAUUUCCAGUGAGGGGGAAAACUUAAUUUUUACAUUAUACCUAAUUUUUUAAAACCACAUAGCUCCAUUGAACACACUUUUCAAUUAAAAUUUGCAGAUUUUAAUAAUGUGGAUUCUAUCUAGAAGAACAAUGUAUGCUCUACUUUUUUUCAUAAUUACAUACUAUCUAUGUUUAAACUAUUUUCCAGUUGUUUUGUCUUAAAACUGUAUUAAUAUUCUUAAUGGUUCUUUGUACAAUUUUGGCAGUUUCUACCUGUAUAUAAUGGAUCUUUACCAGUAUCAAUAAAUCACUUCAUAUAAAAAUUCAAUGUGUAGAAUCACUUUUAUGUAUUUGGAAAAAAAAAAAAAAAAAAAAA